AUGUGCUACGUUUCAGAUGGUUUCUUAGCGUACUUUAAUACCGUUCGACUGGUACGUGCAGCACUGCAAGACAAAAACAACGAAGUGAAGGAUUGCAAGAGAAAAUGUAGCGAGUUCAAGGAUAAACUCUCGGACUGCGAAGAUCGUCUGAGACGCACCGAAGAGUUUCGUAAGAAGAAUGAAGAAGAGUUUAUUGAACUGAAGAAAGAGAAUGAUAAAAUCAAUCGAGAAAAGGAAGAAAUUGAACGAAAAUUUCGACGUCUGAACGAAAGAUUUGAGCGACUGGAUGCGGAGAAAAAUGAAACGCAAAAUGCAAUUGAACGCUUGCAGAAUCAAAUCCAGUCGAUUCAUGCCAAUCAUCAGGAAACGUUAAACGAAAUGCUAACGAAACAACGCGUGGAACUUGACGAGCGUCGAAAACGUUUUGAGAAUGAGCUGGAGGAACGAGACAUGGACAGUACACAGAGGCUAUCCAAUCUGAGGAAUGAGCUCGAGAAGUAUCGAAGUGAAAUUGAACAACUCAGGGAGCAGCUACGAAAUGCACUGGCAGAUUGCGUUGCGGAACGUCGAAGAGUGAGUGAAAAAGGUAUAAAAAAGAAUUUCAUUUCUGCUCUGUUUUACUUAAAAUUUGCUUCCUUUAGCGGGAACCCAGGAAAAGCCGGCAAAGAAAAAUUCGAGACGGAAGAAGAGUACAUUGCAUAA